AUGUGCCUGUACUGCAAUGAUAAGUGCCGCCCCUUCAGCGAUAAGUAUGCUGUUAGGAAGCAUAUGGCCGCCAAAGGUCAUUGUAAGGUGCAUUAUGGUGAUGGUGAUGAUGACGAGGAGGCGGAACUAGAAGAAUUUUAUGAUUACAGUAGCAGCUACACUGAUGCUGAUGGCGCACAAUUAGUUGUAGUGGAUGACUCGCAGAACAGAAUUGAAUUUGGAACUGGUGGGUCUGAGCUCAUAUUAACUCGGACGAAUGAGGGUGGAUCGUCUAAAAGGGUGCUUGGAUCAAGGGAAUUUUUGCGAUACUACCGCCAGAAACCAAGGCCGAUGCCUACAAAUGAUACAUCUCUUGGUGCUGCAUUAGCUUCAAGGUAUAAGAGCAUGGGUCUGGCCACUGUGCAGUCGAAGGAACAUAUGGUCAGGCUGAAGGUGUUGAAGGCCAUGAAUAAAUCUGGGGUGGAGGAUAUGCGUUCUAAAAUUGGCAUGAAGAGUAAUGUUAUCCGAAACCUACCCAAGAAUGUGACAUAUUAG